AUGGCACAAAAUACGCACCCAGACCACUACACAGUCCUCACGAAUAAUACCCUUACGAAGGAUAUUACUCUCUUCAUAGGCCUCGUUAUCCCCAGCGUCCUCGACAUCUCAAAGCUCAAAAAUGCACACGAGGAGCUAGUCAAACACUGGCCCAUUCUCGGGGGCACAUUGGUCACCUCAACCAAACCCUACUCCUUCACCACCGGCACCACCAUUGACUUCCAAUCCCGCACACUCCCCACUACCCUCGCCGCCACCCUACCAUUCGACUUCCGCACCCCGCUGACCGCCUCCGCCCCAUCGCCCACCCUCCAUACCCACGCCGGCGGCGACCCUAAAGACGCUGUGUUCCACUUCGACAGCAUGCGACCCAUGAACAAGCUCCCGACCACAUUAUUCGCCCUACGCGUAACACUCCUCCAAGAUGCAACCCUCCUCGGCUUCCGUGCGCCACACCACCUCGUCGACGGGAAAGGCAUGUUCGAAAUCGUGAAUGCAUAUGCCACUACCCUUUCCCGGGGCGUUCAAAGCCUCCCGCAGCUCGUCCCGCCACCCGACGUGCAUGUACUCCGCGGGGACGGCAGCGACGGGGUAAAGCUGAGCGGGUUAGUGGAGGGCAAGGAUUAUCUGCCAGAGACAGUGAAGGAGGGCGCGCGAUUUGUAGAUCCGCGGGAGAACUUCACGUUGGGGCUGUGGUCGUUGUUGAUGUUUAUUGGACGCUUGCUGGUGAAGCAGGUGCUGGGGCCCGCGGUGGGGUUGGGGGAGAAGGGGGAGGGUAGGUAUGUGCAUGUGUCGGGGGUGUGUAUAGAGGACUGGAUGAAGAGGUGUCAGGCGGAGCUCGAUAAGGCUGCGGAGAGGGGGGAGCUGGAGGAGGGAUCAGGGCUCCAGCUGACGAAGAAUGAUGUGCUCUCGGCGUAUUGGUUGAAGGCAAACCACGCCGCCUUCAAGCCCGACAACGGCCCGAUAGACCUCAUGUACAACCUCAACUACCGCCCGCACCUCCGCCCCGCGGAAGCGGGAACCACCUACCUGCACAACAGCUACUACAACAUCCGCGCCAACUUCCCCUCUCUUUCCGCGUUCCAAAAGCUGCCACUUUCCCGCCUCGCCCUCGAAAUCCGUCUCUGCGUGCUGCGCAACAAGCAGCCCUCUGCCGUGCGCAAAACACUACAGUUCAUGGAGGACACUGUGGAUAAGGUGCUUUCGCCGGGGGUGCCCGGCGGCAGGCCGGACUUCUUGCCGUUUUUGAGUAGUUGGACGACCUUUGAGUAUAAUAGGUUGGACUUCUCAGGGGCAUGCGAGGAGGGGGAGGAGGGGAGGGUCGAGUUUACGCAUGCGUAUUGUGGAUUUCCGGGGGGGAUUGAGAUGAGGCCGUUUGGGGUUACGUUGAAGGACGGGAAGGGGGGGUAUUGGAUCAGGACUUGGUUGGGGAAGAGGGCGUGGGAGGGGCAUGAGAAGGCGUGGGAGUUUUAA